CGGUAUUAAAGAAUACUUGAAAGAUUAACCAAAAACGAGUUUACUUAUAACUUUUGCUUACCCACUAUAGCUAGUAAUGUAUGAAACAUUAACGCUAAGAAGUAAGUUAGUAUGCUUUUGCUUGAACGUAAUCAAAUGAACUAAAAGCAUUCAACAGAAACGCACUCGGAAGAAUUGGCUCCGCGCAUGCAUCGCUUCCAUCGCCCUAUCAGCCAUCCAUCAUCCACUAUUGUUCAGUCCCCACCGCGCUUAUUGUUCAAUGCGACGAUAAAUCAACUAGUGAGCGCAGCGUGCUAGCGGUACUGUAAUGCUACUCGUGGAAUAUUCCCUGUCCUCCACUGUCAGCAUGGCCUAGAUCGUAACCUCAAUGAGCGCCCAUGAGCCAACAAGGCAGCCGUGAUGUCGCUAAGGCCAUUAAAAUGGCCAAGAGCCGCACCUAAUCGCAGGGGCCCAUUACUCUAUCGGAGGUAGACUUAACAUAGUACUUCUUUGUCCUGAUUAUCGAUCAUGGUUGCCUCUUUGCAAUACGGCAUCACUGCCAUGUGCGCAAUUGCUUCUGUCGCGGCGUCACCAACAAACCACGACAUCCCACGAAGCGCCGCUGCCUUAUCGGCCCCCAAUGGGCGCAAAGCCGGCUCUGCUGGCGGCAGGGCUGUGCCAUUCUGGAAAGACCAUCUUGGCUGGUGGUAUGACUGGACGCCCAAGCCUUCAGGCCACGACAAGGAUGGCGUCUUGGGCGUAUCCAUGCUCUGGGGCUCUGGCAACAACGGCGACCAAGACGCCAAGCGAUUAAAAGAUUUCAAGGACCUCAAAGAGACACCCAAGUACCUUCUGGGAUUCAAUGAGCCCGAUUGCUCCGCCCGCGAUGUUUCUUCGCACAUCUCCGUCAAGGACGCCGUGCCGCUUUGGAACAAGUACAUUGUACCCGAGGCAAACAACGGCUCCAUCGUUGGUAGUCCGUCCAUGUGCACGCAAAAGGACGAAAGCUGGUUGAACGACUUCAACAAGCAAGCUCUCGACAAGUCGUGGGAUUUCACUGCGAUCCACGUAUACAAGCUGAACAUGACGGGUGUGCAGGCCGACAUUGACCACUAUUGGAACAAGUACAAGAAGCCUAUAUGGGUGACUGAAUUUGGAUGUGUCGACGACCAGAACGGUUUCAAGGCCUGCACCGACCAAAAGGUCAUCAACCAAUGGAUUCGCGAUGCCGUGGACUUGUUUGAGAAGAACGAGCACAUUCUGGCCUACGCCUACACAGACGGCGGCGGCUUGGGUAAGGCCUGGUUGCCUACUAACAAUGAUGGUACGACACUGUCCGAGUCAGGAAAGACGUAUCUCGAUGCCAUUUCCAAGUAUCAUUAAAUAUUCGACUUGAUUCCUGACGCGGUCUGAGCGGUUGGGUUACCACGAUUGGUACGAUGCACUGAGAGAUGGAAUCGAAGUCAGCUGCACAUUCUCCGUACAUACACACUUUUUGUGUACAUAUUUCAUCUAAUAAAAUGUAAAUAUAAAAUAUUCAAUUUACCUGAAUAAUUGUUCAUUUUCUA